AUGAGCCUCAAUGAACACGACGUGGUCUUGCCAGGACUCAUGGACAUGGAGGAGACGCCGCCACCGACGAGGCCACCGCUGGUAUUGAGGGCACUGAAUGAACAGCCGAACGAAGUCGUAGUGAAGCGAAACCAGUCCAAGUACGACUUUGUGAAGGUGCGCGUGUGGGUGGAAGACCACGUGUACGUCUUGUCACGCUACUUGCUGUGUCGCGCACUGGUCAGCGCCAAGAUCAAUUCGAGGGACGCCGUGCAGAUUUCGCUCGACUUGAAAAGGACGCUGGUGGACUUGAACGUCACGGAUAUUGGGCAGGAGCAAUUUGAGGACUUUUUGUAUAAAACCAUGUUAGUGUUUGGGUAUGGAGAACCGCAGAUCUCGUGUUAUCGGAUGAUGUCCAGCUUUCAUCGCAAUCGGGUCCCGCUGCUCAUUAUGUUAGCCGGCACCGCUUGCAUCGGCAAAUCCACUUUGGCAACAAAACUGGCUGAUCGCCUGAAUCUCUCGAGCGUCUUGCAGACGGAUCUAAUCUUUGAGCUCAUGUGCAACUUUUCAGGACAGGAAAAGACUUCGUACAUCACGACGACGUUUGCAUCGACCACCGGCCUUAUCGAGGAGUACCAGAAGGAGUGCAAAGUGGUGCGCAAGGGCGUGGAGUCUGACAUUAACAAGUGUCUGAAAGAUGGAAAGUCGCUCAUUAUUGAAGGGUUCCACAUCGAUCCGCGUUUGUACCAGAAGACAAUCAGUGCAUCCGAAGAGAACAGCAGCGCCACCACUUGUUCCGGCAUCGUCAUUCCCUUUCUGCUCACGCUGGACGAAGCCGAUCACCACAAUUUCAUGACGAAUUCUCCUGACCCGCGAUACCGCGGCGACCAAAGUGCAAGUGGGUUCCGCAACUUGCAGGACGUGCAGAAGUAUUUAGUGUCGCACCGUCGAGAAGAAGCGAUGCUUCCGUUCACGGAGAUUCGCAUCGACCUCCACUCCUUUCACGGCACACUGGACCACCUCCACGACGUUGUACUGGAGCGCAUUAAGGAAGUGUUUGUGAGCAUGACAUCGACGUGA